GUCAGAGAGCGCACUGUGCCUGACAGCCCGCAGGAACGGCUUUAUAAAGAGCUAAAUUUACCGAAAUUUACGUUGUUUCCUGAGCUCUCACAAUUGGCCAGGCGCACUCGGCUUGCAGAGUUAUAAGCUUGAGAGGACCUCCUACCACUUUUAAACUUGUUCAUGUAUUGGGAGCGCGGCUGUGGAGAGCUGUGGGCGACCGUGAACUGAGCGCACGGAUCCUGCUGCGGCUGCCGCUCUGUUUCGACGCGAUUUUGACAAGAGAUAUAGAGUUUGAUUAUUUCACCCGACGAUGGCCUUAUCCGGAGUGAUGCUACCGUCUUUUUCGACAUUCUCCAACCAGAGAGAGAAAACCUGGGAAAAUAGGUGGAAAGGAGAUAUGGACAAAUUAGUCUCGACCAGUUGUUCCAUGCUUGAAAUGGUACACAGCCUGGACAAUCACAGCAAAAAGGACGACGAGGAUCUGAGUAAUUAUUUGGAUCUGGAUUUUAUUCUCUCCAACACCACUGGCACGGACAGCACGGCGGAAUACGUGGGCGCCGCUGACCCCAGCAUGUACACAAGUGGAAACUCCGUGCCACCGUACCCGGCAGACGACCAGCGCUCCCCGCCACCCCCGUACGGCGCCAGCCUCAUGACGGAGCUGCUCCGCUCCGAGGGCACCGCCAGCUUUGGCAUUACGCGCAACCCGGGCGUCCAGGGAAGAUUUUACGUCAACACCACGCACUUCCCCCGCCCGGACAACAUCAAAGUCGAGCCCCCCAUGGACAGCUACGGUCCCGUUUUGGGCAUGGUGCCCCAGAGUUGCAGCAAAAUCAAGCAAGAAGGCAGCGUGUCGUGCAUGAUGUCCUUCGAGCAGCCACGUCUGGCCAUCUCCCCGCGGGCGGCCAGCAGCAUGACCCCGCCUCUGAGCCCUGAUGACCAGGGAGCCACGGACUGCCAGGCGCAGAUGUGCCAGUCUAUGAAUUUCCAGCAGAAGUACCACGCGGCGGCGGCGGCUUUCCAGCAUCACGCGCAGGCCCCCCAGAUGCAGAUGCCCUACCACGCUCCGCACACUGGCUUCGGCAUGUAUGACGAAGGGCUCGGCCUGCAGCCCGUCGCGCAGAGGGUGAUGCUCACACCCCCCUCGUCUCCCCUCGAGCUGUUGGAGUCGAAACCCAAAAGAGGUCGCCGCACGUGGCCACGGAAGCGCACUGCCACGCACACCUGUACUUUCGCCGGCUGCGGGAAGACCUACACCAAGAGCUCCCACCUGAAGGCACAUCUCCGAACCCAUACCGGUGAAAAGCCAUACCACUGCAGCUGGGAAGGGUGUGGGUGGAAAUUCGCCCGCUCCGAUGAGCUGACCCGUCAUUUCCGUAAACACACCGGGCACAGGCCGUUCCAGUGCCACCUGUGUGAGCGUGCCUUCUCCAGGUCUGACCAUUUGGCACUCCACAUGAAGAGACACAUGUGAAAGUGCCCGCCUGAGGACUUGGGAUUCACAGAGGGAUUGUAUUAUUUGGAUUAAACUGUUUUUUUUUUGUUUUUUUAAUAUUUAAAAUGCUCUCCAUGUGGCCAAAUUCUUUUUAUGUAAUAUUGAAUUGAAAAAGUUUUAGUGUUAUUAUUUUCUAAUAACGUAGCUGGUACUACUUUUGUUGUAUAAAAGCUUUAGAAAAAUUUUGUUUGCUUAAGAGCAGGCAGACCAAGAAGGGGCUGGCCCUGUAUAUAUACUACUCUUCUCUGACAGAACUGGAAUGCUGUGUUUGACACAAAAGUGCCUUUCUACGACUGUGCUACUGUAAAACUCUUUGUGAAAGAACGUGGUCGAAAAAAAAAAAUGAGGGAAAAAAGAUGUACAUGUUCUUUUUGACAGGGGUAAAAAUGCACACUCACUUGCCAAACUUGUGCAGAGACAAUGUUUUACUUAAACUGCCUCAGUGUCUGAACUGCCUUUACUGUUUUAUUUCCGAUGCCUUCUUGGUGUGAAACUCUUGGAUCCAGCCCCUCUGUACACUAUCAGGGCUUGAUGUCCUGUGCAUUAUUUUUUACUUAAAUUUAUAAGUAAGUACAUGGAUUUUAUACUGUAAAAUGUGUAUUUAUUGUAAAUAUUAAAAGAAAUGGAUUUGAA